UGGAAAUUAGCCAAAAUUCACAGACUGCUAGGGCAUAAUAUUAUUUGGAGGUUAUAGUGUUUUUGGAUCAAGGAAAAGCAUAAGGUCUUUACAAAACCACCUCAUUUUAAGAUAAAUUUGAAAGUGUAGGUUUGGAAGUAAAAUGAAUGAAUAUUAGAGACUUGAUAAUUGGGAUGAUGAAAAGGUUUUGUUUUUAUUGAUUAUCAGUCCGUAUGGGAUAAAUCAUUCAAUGGAGGUCAUGGAAGUGAUAUGCGUAGAUUUUAAUAUGGUCCAAAUAAUUUGAACUUAGAGCUCGCAUAUAGUGGUCUCACAGCAGUUGUAGUGAUCACAAGUAAUUUAAACGAAGCAACCUCGGAUGUAAAAGAGUUUUAUUAUUUUGUAUGGAAUCUUUGGGAAUGAGAGGUUUUAUUUUAUCUGUUGAGAGAUUCC